CCUGCGGUUGGAACGGUUUCCAGAUUCAGUGGAAAAAAAAAUUAAAGUGAAUGAAGAAAGCCCUCCCAGAACAACGAUGUUGUCGUUGGCCACACUAGGCCAAACUGGAGCUCAGCGAGUUCUCACAGCAACUCAGGGGAGAUUUUUGAGAGAUGGCAGAUCCUUCUUUACCUGUUUGCCAGAAUGUCACUUUGUCCCCAAGACCAGAAACAUGGGGGCUUCCUCUUCCUGCUCCUCCGCCGGCAAUUACAGAUGCUUUAGUGCCUCAGCUGCUCAUUGCAACUCUUCAUCAUCACCACAUCAGAUAACACCACCGUCUUACAGUUAUAUAAUUGUCGGAGCGGGUUCAGCGGGCUGCGUCCUUGCUAACCGUCUCACAGAGGAUGCCCAUGAGUCAGUUCUGCUGCUGGAGGCUGGGCCAAAGGACAUGUUGCUCGGGAGCUCAAGACUCUCAUGGAAGAUCCACAUGCCAGCUGCGCUGACCUACAACCUUUGUGAUGACAAGUAUAACUGGUACUACCACACUUUACCUCAGGCCCACAUGGACAACCGGGUGAUGUACUGGCCGAGGGGCCGUGUCUGGGGCGGGUCCUCUUCUCUCAAUGCCAUGGUUUACAUCCGCGGACACGCAGAGGACUACAACCGCUGGCAGAGAGAGGGGGCAGAGGGCUGGGAUUAUGAACACUGUCUGCCCUACUUCAGGAAAGCUCAGUGUCACGAGCUGGGAGAAAACAGGUACCGGGGUGGCAGUGGACCUCUUCAUGUGUCCAGAGGGAAGACCAACCAUCCCCUUCACAAGGCUUUUAUUGAAGCGGGGCAGCAGGCAGGAUACCCCUUCACUGAUGACAUGAAUGGAUACCAACAGGAAGGCUUGGGCUGGAUGGACAUGACCAUUUUUAAAGGGAAGAGGUGGAGCGCAGCCAGUGCCUACCUGAGACCUGUCCUGGGUCGACCCAACCUGAAGACGGAGGUGCGUUGCCUGACCACCAAGAUCCUUUUUGAUGGAAACCGUGCUGUGGGAGUCGAAUACAUACAGAAGGGACAGAAGAAAAGGGUGUUUGCAGAUAAAGAGGUGAUAUUGAGUGGAGGAGCAAUCAACUCUCCUCAGCUUCUCAUGCUGUCUGGGGUGGGAAACGCCGACGACCUGAAACAGCUUGGCAUUACUGUGGUUCAGCACUUACCAGGUGUUGGCAGUAACCUGCAGGAUCAUUUGGAGCUAUACGUCCAGCAGCAGUGCACUCAGCCCAUCACCUUGUACAAGGCCCAGAAACCUUUUCACAUGAUCAAGAUCGGCCUUGAAUGGCUCUCCCUGUUCACUGGCUAUGGAGCAACAGCCCACUUGGAGAGCGGAGGCUUUAUCCGAAGUCGGCCGCACGUCACGCAUCCCGACAUCCAGUUCCAUUUCCUGCCCUCGCAGGUCAUUGACCAUGGACGAGUUGCCUCCAAGAUAGAGGCAUAUCAGGUUCAUGUCGGACCAAUGAGAAGCACCAGUAUCGGCUGGAUGAAGCUUAAGAGCACCAACCCUCUGGAUCACCCCAGUCUACAACCAAACUAUCUCUCAACUGAUAUUGAUGUGUUGGAGUUCAGGGAGUGUGUUAAACUCUCUAGAGAGAUUUUUGCCCAGAAGGCCUUCGACCCGUUCCGUGGUCCUGAAGUUCAGCCUGGUCCUCAGGUCCAAUCUGAUGCCGACAUCGACGCUUUUGUACGCCGAAAGGCCGACAGUGCCUACCAUCCGUCCUGCACCUGCAAGAUGGGCUCUCCCUCUGACCCAAUGGCUGUCGUCGACUCAAACACACGGGUUUUGGGUCUCGAGCGGCUGCGCGUGGUUGACGCCUCCAUCAUGCCCAGCAUCGUCAGUGGCAACCUGAACGCUCCGACCAUAAUGAUGGCAGAGAAGGCUGCUGACAUCAUCAGAGGUCGGCCUCCUCUCGUCGACCCGGGGGUUCCCGUUUACCAUCCACCAACACUCGACACUCAGAGAUGAAAACAGAGUAAGGGCUAAGUGUGGGUCAGAAACGGCUCAUGACACAAUCAGUCAUCAGGAAACAGCAGUGAACAGCUUAUUGUGUUCUUGACUGGGAGCUGAUUUUCUGAUUGUUUUCCAUUCUUAAUUGCAUAUGUCUUCAGUAAUCUUCAAGUAAUCUUCCUCUUCUGCCUAUUUAGCGAGCUCCCUAUGACCAAAACCAGCUGUUUGCUCAGAUUAACUGAGCUGACUCAUCAAACUGUAGCAGACUGAACUAACCAAGAUAAACAUGUGGAAACACACACGUACUGAUUUUAUGUAGAACGUGAUCCCGUUUUGUAAGUACUGACACUUACUACAGUCAGCUUCGUGCUGGCACAGCAAAGAGGCAGAGCCUUUGCAUAGUAACUAUGAAUGUAAUGGACAACUAAAGACAAGGGAAAAAUAACUUCCCUUUUCUUACUUUGAACAAUGCACAGACUUGGACUACAGUGAUUUUUAAGCCUCAUAAAAAUAUAAAUGCUCUGACACCCCAUU